GGAAUACAUAUGGCUAAAUACUAUACGAAGCAAUCGCAAACUUUGAAACUCUAAACCAACACGUGAAGAUGAAGAACGUUUCUCUCAAGCUUCCACUCUUGAUUUUCAUUUUGGUCAUCACAUCUAAUUUUGGAGUAGAAGCAAGAGAGUUAACUGAAGUUGAAGUUAUGUCCGGAAGUACAAGUGACGCUGCCAUAGGCAAGGCUCUGGGUCCAGCACAUCCACCAUGCCAGAGGGACGUCGAUUGUAGGUUCGAAUGUCCCAAGGGAGGAUACUGCAACGAUCGCUAUGGGUUAUGUGUUUGUCUCUGAUCACUAUUCUAAUCUAAUUUCCAUAUAAAAAAAAUGUAUCGUCAUCAAUUCUUUAGACUACACUCAUUUUGUAUUUCAAGGAUAAAUAUAAUAAAUCCUAUGCUUGAUAUUCAAUAUGCAAUCUUGAUUCGAUCCAAAUAAAACAAAACAGUUUUUUUCAA